GUAAUCUUCAGCGAGGGUAACACGCGUACUUCCAGCAAAUCGGAGGUCGCGCGCUGUCCUAUAUAACUCGAUCUCAAGUCUGAAGCGCGUACUACCCGACUCAAGCGCAAACAGCAAACACCCCGCCGCUAAGACAACCGACGAUUUUCCAGCAGUUAGAGUCAGUCGGAACUCGGACGCAGCCGACCGUCAGUGCGCGUGCGUUGCCCCGCUCCAGUGAUUCUGUGACAGUGACAAGAAUAACCCCCAACAUGACUAAAUACGUCACAGUCGCGUUAAUUCUUUGUGCGUGCGCGUUACUCACAACGGCACAGUUCAACCACCUUGGUCUUGGUUUCUCAGACGGUUACCUCGCGACCAACUUUGGACCUCCGAGUUUAAAUGCUUUAUCAGCGGCAGCUGCUAGAGAUCCAAGGGCUAACACAGGCCCAGUAGUGUUCCCACCUUCGCCCCCCGGCGACCCCUCUCAGACCAGCGGAGUAGUCCCUGGUGCAUCGGGUUAUGGCUUCCAGCCCCCGAGCCAACAAGGUAAAAUUUACCGACGUUAAAAACAAAAACUCUAGCAAAAUAUACUAGUUAGUAGCUCAUGCACAACUUAAAGAGACAUUAAGAAAUCAUUAUUUUGUAGAUAAUCUUUAUCUAAAUGUCUGUAGUUACUUUUAAAUCUUUCAACUCUUUUUCUUCUUGUUUAAUCUUAAACUGAACGCUAAUCUAUUAGCUGACAUCUGUCUUCUCUUUGUAUAUUCUUCUGUAAAACUUCUUUCAUUUUCAUAUUAUUACAACUUUUAGUAUAAAAUAUCUUACAUAUUUAUUUAUUUUUCUUUCAUCGUGAUUUCUCGUUGUCUUUUUUUGAUUAUUUAAAGCCGUUCAAACCUUGUUGCAAACACUUAAACAUCUCCUUACGAGAUAUCAACCAGCAUGUUUAUAAUUUAUUUUCUUAAUAAUUGUACAUAAGUAGUGAAUGCUUAUAAUAGAUAGAUAUGCAUGUUAGUUACUGCCCCUGUAUACACAUACCUUCCUUAAUCAACUGCAUGUAGUUAUGUCACUUAAAAAUCUUAAUUUUCUGUAACACAAUAGUUUUAAUUACUUGAAAACGACAUAACAUGGGAUGUUUGUUUUUAUUGCAUUUUCUUUAAUGUUAAAUAUUUUUUAAGUUUUAUUGUUUGUUGUUCAGCUGUAAAUGUCAUCGAUGUAAAUAAAUAUUUAUUACUUUAAAAUAAAAAACAAAUAAGAAUUAUACCCUGUUUUAUUAGAACCUUUAA